AUGAGAUUUCCCUACACCCAAGGAAUAGAUGAAUUAGGAAUGAUGGGAAGAGGUUUACUGGCCAAUCAUAAUUUGAGAUCAUGGAGUUACAACCGUCACUUCUUUACUCAAGCUAUUUUGGCACCGAAAUUUACUAAAAAAACUAUUGAUUGGAUGAAUGAACUUUUCAAUGAAAUGGAAAGCUAUUGGAACAAGUUAUAUCUAAAUGAAGAAAAGAUUAAAGAUGAUCAAAAUAAAUUGGAUUGCUCUGCAUGGUUAAAUCGAUAUACAAAUGAUAUGAUCAUCGCGUUAACAACUGGUGAAAGAUCUUAUAAAAUGGCAUCAUAUUUUAAUACUCAAAGUGAUGAAAGAGCCGUACAUCCUCAAUCGCAUUACGUUCCAUUUUUUAAGAGUAAGUCAGACGCUUUACUUAGAAACAUUGAAUUUAUCUAUCAAAAAUUAGAAUUGAUUAUUCAAAGACGCAGACAAGAAAUUGAAAAUACAUCACUGGAAAAGCCUUUAUCACAUGAUAUGUUGACCUCGUUGAUCGCUGCGAAUACUUUCGGGACAUUAAUCAUGUUGAAACUGUCGAGGACCGCGAAUUUGCUUUCAUUCAUCAUCUAUCAUAUCGCAAGUAAUCCAGACGUUAAAAGGAAGAUGUUUGAAGAAAUUGAUAUUGUAUUCCAAGGUGAUAAAACGCGUUCAAUCACUGAAGACGAUUACGAAAAACUCAAAUACUGUGAAGCGAUUAUUAAAGAAGUAGAUCGUAUACUUCCAGUCGUUAAUACAGUGGCAAGAUUUAGUCAAGAACCUGAUGAAAUAGCGGGUUAUAAGUGGCCAGCUGGAACAUUGUUUCAUGUAAAUACUGCUUCUAUUCAUAAAAAUAAAAAUUAUUGGGAAGAACCUGAAAAAUUUAACCCUGAUAGAUGGAUGGUUAAAGAUUUCAAACCAAAGAAAUUUUCUUUUGUAAUGUUUGGUGGAGGAUUAAGGAUCUGUCCGGGAAGAAAGUUGGCAAUGAUUGAAAUGAUUUGUUUGAUGGCCUUGUUGUAUAGGAAGUAUGAUAUUGAUUUGGUAGAUAAGCUUUCCCCUUUAAAGACCAUUUCUUCCGGUUUAAUAGCUAGUCCUGAAUUAGUUGAGCCAUUUACUCCUUUAGGACGUAUGGGUCAUUCCACUAUCCUUGAUGAAAAUAAAUUAUAUUUUUUUGGCGGACAAAGUAAUAUAGAUUGUUCAAAUGAAGUGUUCUAUCUUGAUUUAUCUCAACGAUUUAAUGUAGAGAAUCUACAAUGGACCGACCUUACAUUAAAUUCAGAAAUAGCAUUUAAAAAUAAUUAUGUUUCAUUUAAAUCGCUGGUAUAUGUAUUUAAUUUAAAAUCAGGACAAUGGAAUAUACCUGUAAUGAAAGGAAAUAUUCCAGAAAUGCGUAGAGACUUUAAUGUUGUUACAGAUAUUUUUGGAAAUAUUUAUGUUUCUGGAGGACUUUCCGAUGAAAGAAUGGGAUCAAUUAUCGUUCAAUAUUAUAAAAAUAUGUCAAUAUCAAAUACUAAUGAUUUAACAUGGUCGUAUGGUCCUGAUAUCAAUAUUCCCUUGCCACGAGCUGGUAAUACUGCAUCGUUAUUAUCAAAUGGUGUUAUUACUAGAGAUGCUCCAACCGGAGAAUAA